AUGGAGUGCGACCAGCUGUACGACGCGCUGGUCUCCUCCUCUUACGGAGAGACGGUGAAGCGGAUAGUACUGACGCGUUUCGCCAAGAAGGAGGCGGGGGAGGAUGAGGAGAAGGGGAGGAAGGGCGAGCGCCAACAGAGCGGCGCGAGGAAGGGUAAUGGCGGUGGUCCGAAGUCGUCGAAGAAGCCCCAAUACGACUAUCCCAAGCAGAGAGAGAGGGCGAAGAAGAAGCAGAUUAUAUCGUUGGAGCCGAGUCGGAAGCAGGUGACGUUAUUUUCGCAUUUGCCUCAGUUUGAGAGGUCGUCGAGCACCAGAAUUUCGGAGAGAAUUAUGCUAGGGGGUUUGAACAUCCCAUCGGUGGCAAUUUCCUUGGGGCUGAAGUACGCGUCCUACCAGAUUCAGGGCGCGAAUGCGCGCUGUUUGGCCAUAUUGGAGAUGUUCAGAAACUUUGUAGAGAACUACGUGCAGGUGACCAACAAAUGCUUCGGAAUGGAGCUAGAGAAGGUAAUCGAGCCGACCAUUCAGUUCAUCAAAGACUGUCGUCCGUAUUCGAUUGGCAUGGGCAACAUGAUUCGACAUUUCAAGAGGAAGAUCGGGAACACGAUGAGCAUGAGCGUCGAAGAGGCUAAGCGCUAUCUCGUGGAAGAACUAGACACGCUGAUUCGAGAUCGUGUUGUUGACGCAGAAAAGACAGCUGCCAAAAUUACCAGUCAAAAAAUUUACGACGGAGACGUCAUUCUAACCUAUUGUCGAUCCAAUGCCGUUCUCGAGUCUCUCAAAGAGGCCGCCAGACAGGGAAAGCGGUUUCGUGCCAUCAUCGUCGACUCUAGGCCGCACUACGAGGGCAGGACUAUCCUCGAAGAGCUUUCGAUGCUCCGCAUACCGUGCGAGUACGUUCUCCUCAACGCCAUCUCCUACGUCAUCAAAACGGCCACAAAGGUACUGAUAGGGGCCCACGCUCUUAUGAACAACGGCCAGGUCUACAGCCGUGUCGGUACAGCGAUUGUGUGCAUGAUGGCCAAUGCCAACCAUAUCCCGGUCCUCGUGGUUUGCGAAACUUACAAGUUCUGCGAGCUCAGCCAGCUCGACUCCAUAUGUCAAAAUGAACUCGGCGACCCAGAGGAGCUCGUAUCCUCCUCAAACCCGCCCUCUUCGAAUCCCCUCCACUUUUGGCGCGAAAACCCCAACCUGAAACUACUCAACCUCGUAUACGACCUCACCCCCACCGAAUUUAUAUCCAUGGUCAUCAGCGAAGUCGGCGCCGUGCCGCCUACGUCCGUACCUGUUAUCAUACGCGAGUUCUAUUCUAUCACUUAA